GGCAACAAGGGUGAAACUCCGUCUAAAAAAAGAAGCAGAGUGGGAAAACAGGCCCACUACCACCUUGGGAGGCUUCCAGGGAAGAACCCCACCCCCACUCAAACCAGGUCACAAUGACUGGAGUUCUGAGGGGCCCAGGCUCCCUGAGCCAGGAAGAGAGGAAGAAAUCCAAGGAAAGAUGGUGAGUGUGGGGGCCAGGGGCCCAACACCCCCUCCCUAUAGCUCCUGGCUGCUCUGUUUCCCCUCCUUUCCUAAAACUUAGCUGUCAAAACUUAGCUGUCUCAGAGAUACCCACAAAUGGAAUUCAUAAAGGUGUACCCAGAUGUCUCUGGAACCUGUGGCAUCACACAGAUGCAUGGCAUCUGAGGCUGCCUCCCCUUCCUCAAUCCAACAGAGCAUCCUGGGUCCUUUUUCUUCUCCCAGGAACAACUUACCCAGAGCAACACGAUGCUCCAGGACCACUCACUCCCUGCCUCCUGCUCCAGGCCCAUAUUAUACCACCUAACUCAUCUUUUAGGCCCUUUCUAGCUUCCAAGAGUUCCUUAGCAAAAUAGCCAAACCCUCUACAGUCCCACAGGGUUCCAGACCCCCUCCUGGCACCUGCCCUGCCCCAGGUCGCCUGGGCUGUGGCUGCCCUCAUGCCUGAGCUUUCUCCCUAACAGGCUGGCAGUCACCCCUUCUUCAACCUGUCUGACUUCACACAGCCAUCGCCGCCCUCCACUCCACCCAACCUCCCCUCGCACCAGCGCUGCCGGCCCUCUGAUGCCACCAAGGGCUUGCUGGUGGCCCUGCUGGGUGGGGGCCUGCCUGCUGGCUUCGUAGGCCUCUUUUCUCGUAUGGCUUACCAGGCUUCCCACCUGCCCUCGCUGGAGCUGCUCAUCUGUCGAUGCCUCUUCCACCUCCCUAUUGCCCUCCUACUUAAACUGCGUGGUGACCCACUUCUGGGACCUCCUGAUGUCCGAGGCCGGGCCUGCCUCCAUGCCCUGCUCAAUGUCUUUAGCAUUGGAUGUGCCUACACUGCGGUUCAGAUGGUGCCUGCUGCCAACGCUGCCACUGUUCGCAAAGGUUCUUCCACUGUCUGCUCCGCUCUCCUCGCUCUCUGCCUUGAGAGCCAGGGUCUCAGUGGCUACGACUGGUGUGGACUGCUGGGCAGCACCCUAGGACUAAUCAUCAUUGUGGGAUCUGGACUAGGGACACUGCAGGAGGGGACCACGGGCCUCUACACUGCCCUGGGCUAUGUGCUGGCUUUCCUGGGAGGCCUGGCACUGUCCUUGGGGCUUCUGGUCUACCGUUCUCUGGACUUCCCCUCCUGCCUCCCAACAGUGGCCUUCCUGUUUGGCUUGGUGGGGCUGCUGGGCUCUGUGCCAAGCCUCUUUGUGCUGCAGACCCCUGUGCUGCCCAGUGAUCCCCUGAGUUGGAGUUGUGUGGGGGCAGUGGUGGUCCUUGCCUUGGUCUCCUUCGCGUGCGUGAGCUACGCGGUCACCAAGACCCACCCUGCCCUGGUGUGCGCUGUCCUGCACUCUGAGGUGGUGGUGGCCCUUAUGCUGCAGUAUUAUGUGCUCCAUGAGACCGUGGCACCUUCCGACAUCAUGGGGGCAGGGGUUGUGCUGGGCAGCAUUGCCAUCAUCACAGCCCGGAACCUCAGCUGUGAGAGGGAAGGGAAGGUGGAGGAGUGAGACAGAACUCGGGAGCCUGGGGGUUGGGAGGGACGGGGGUAAACAGAGGCAAAGACUGAAGACAAA